AUGGACCUGUCUCUGGCCUUGGGUCGCCCGGGAACCGACGGCAGCGGGGCGGCCGGCCGGGGAGCAUACAACGGCGGGCUGGCCGAUGAUGAGGCGCGGCCGUUGUUCCCGUGCCUCUUCUGCGACAGGAAAUUCCUCAAGCCACAGGCCCUCGGUGGCCACCAGAACGCGCACAGGGAGGACCGCGCGGCCGGCUGGAACCCCUACGUCUACGGCCGCCAACCCACUGCCAGUGGUGGCGGGGGCGCCGCCUCACCGCCCCUCCAUGUCGUUCCUGAGGCUGGCACGCUGGCUCCAUCGGUCCAAGGCGUGCGAGCGGCAGCCGGCCUGUUCUCCGGCGUCCACGACGAUGUGGGGGACAUGCUAAGCUGGGGAAGGUCACCCGCCGCUGAGCCGGCGCCGGAGAGCAACACCGGCGUGGGGAUCGAUCCACUGAAAAAAAUAGCACGCAAUAACCUCGCUAAUAACACGCUAUAG